CAGCGUCGGCCCUGCCCAGUGUUGUCGACCCAGCAUCGUCAUAUCCUGGAGUGCAGGCGAAUUGGCAUCUGUUGUGGUGUAGAGGCCUUCCCGGCUGAGGCCGGCCAACCCACCAGCCCCAAAGCUGCCCCGGAUCGUCUGCCUGCACAGCGCCCGUCGCAACAAUGGCCGCCCUACCGCAUCUGGAGGACAGCGAAGUCACAAAUCCCGUCAAGCGGAUACGAUGGGCUACGCAUCGGGCAAAGGGCCCGAAAGCCGACCACAAGAGACAGUCGCUCAAGGAGCGCCUGCAUCGGCGGAUAGGCUCCGGCGAGAAGAAGAGGGACUCUCUAGGGAAAGAAGGCGGCCCGCUGGAUAACGGGGACGAAGGUUCAGAUGUGGGUAGUGAGGAGCAGGAUCCUGGCCGCAGAGUGUAUUUCAACCUCGCGCUCCCCGCAGAAGAGCGGGACGAAGAUGGCCAUCCCAAAGCAAACUACGCGCGAAACAAGAUACGAACGGCCAAGUACACGCCCAUCAGCUUCGUCCCGAAGAAUCUCUGGUGGCAGUUUCACAACAUUGCAAACGUCUACUUUUUAUUCAUUAUUAUUCUUGGGAUAUUUCAAAUUUUUGGUGCCUCGAAUCCCGCUCUCAAUGCGGUCCCAUUGAUCGUUAUCCUCACCCUUACAGCUAUCAAAGAUGCAGUCGAAGACUGGAGAAGAACCGUGCUAGAUAACGAACUGAACAACGCGCCUGUGCACAGGCUCGUCGGUUUUAGCAACGUCAACACGGCUGAAGAUACUGUGUCCAUGUGGCGAAGGUUUAAGAAGGCGAAUACUAGAGCUAUUGUUUGGGUCUGGAAUAGUUGGAAAACUAAGAAAUCAUCCAAAGGCAAAGAGAAGGGCUGGAGAGAAAGAGCCCAGGACGAACUAAGGCCCUCCUUGGAGACCCGCCGAGCAUCCGUUCUCUCACAUCGAUCGUCCUACCGUGCCCAUGGGGAGGACGGCAUUCCAAUGACCCCGGUUCCCUCGCCUCUCCCUGACCAAAAACCUCCGACAGAUGCUAUGAACAUCGACGGUCAAACUCAUGUCGUGGAAGGCGACCAAGCAAAGGUUUCUGGAAUAAAGACGCCUCAAGGACAGAAGUUUUGGGGUAGCGUUAUGAACCCGUUCACGACAACCCCAGACAAGGCUCGGUUCAAGAAGGACGCUUGGAAAAGUGUGCAGGUCGGUGAUUUCGUUCGCUUGUACAACGACGAGGAAAUUCCCGCUGAUAUCGUCAUUCUUUCCACUUCAUCAGAGGACGGUGCAUGCUACGUGGAAACCAAGAAUCUCGACGGUGAAACUAAUCUGAAGGUCCGUUCGGCAUUGCAUAGCACACGAGACGUUAAGCACGCUCGUCAUUGCGAACGGGCUGAAUUCGUCAUCGAAAGCGAGGGACCGCACUCAAAUAUUUACUCAUACAGUGCCGUUAUUCGAUGGCAGCAACACGACACCAAAGAUCCAAACGUUCCAACCUAUGAAAUGGCAGAGCCUGUGUCUAUCAACAAUCUAUUGCUUCGUGGCUGUCAACUUCGAAAUACCGAGUGGGUUCUUGGUGUCGUUGUUUUCACAGGAGAGGAAACGAAAACCAUGAUCAACUCAGGCAUCACUCCCAGCAAGCGCGCCAAGAUCACGAAAGAUCUCAACUGGAACGUCAUUUACAACUUCAUCAUUCUCUUCGGGAUGUGCCUCGUUUCUGGGAUUAUCCUAGGAGUAUUCUGGGCCAAGCCUGACACAUCUCAUUCAUUGUUCGAAUUCGGAUCCUAUGGAGACAACAAGCCAGCUCUGGAUGGUGUCAUUUCCUUCUGGGCUGGAGUCAUCCUCUUCCAGAACUUGGUGCCCAUAUCCCUCUACAUUACUCUGGAAAUCAUCCGCACACUGCAAGCCAUCUUCAUUUACAGUGAUGUUCAUAUGUAUUACGAGGCACUCGACUAUCCAUGCACGCCUAAAUCCUGGAACAUCUCUGAUGAUGUUGGACAGAUUGAAUAUAUCUUCUCCGAUAAAACCGGUACCCUGACACAAAACGUCAUGGAAUUCAAGAAAUGCACUGUCAACGGGGUACCCUAUGGCGAGGCCUACACAGAGGCGCAAGCUGGCAUUCAACGAAGACAAGGAAUUGACGUUGAUGAGGAGGGUGCCCGUGCUCGCGAGCAGAUCGCGCGCGAUCGUGUCCGAAUGCUUGAAGGAAUCAGGAAGAUGCACGAUAAUCCCUACCUUCGAGAUGAGGACUUGACUUUCGUUGCUCCAGACUACAUUGCCGAUCUCGCAGGGGAGUCCGGCCAAGAACAGAAAAUUGCCAACGAACGUUUCAUGGUCGCUCUUGCACUUUGCCACACUGUCAUCACGGAAAGAACACCAGGUGACCCCCCAAAGAUCGAAUUCAAGGCACAGUCUCCAGAUGAAGCUGCUCUCGUUGCUACCGCACGCGACGUUGGAUUCACUCUUGUCGGCCGAGAGGACGAUCGCCUUGUUGUCAAUGUCCUGGGCGAAGAGCGUAGAUAUACCGUUUUAAAUACCCUGGAAUUCAACUCUUCCAGGAAGCGAAUGAGUGCAAUCAUCAGAAUGCCGAACGGAAAAAUCAUCUUAUUCUGCAAGGGAGCAGACAGUAUGAUUUAUUCAAGGUUGGCUCCUGGCCACCAGCGCGAGCUUCGUCACACCACUGGAGAGCAUCUUGAGAUGUUCGCAAGAGAAGGUCUUCGAACGCUCUGUAUUGCACAGAGGGAGAUCGAGGAGGAGGAAUACCAGGAAUGGCAAAAGGAUUACGAACUCGCCGCUAAUGCCAUUAACAAUCGCGAAGAUAAAUUAGAGGAAGUUUCCGACCGCAUCGAGAAUGAUCUAUGGCUCCUUGGUGGAACUGCCAUUGAAGACAGACUUCAAGACGGUGUUCCAGAUGCCAUCUCACUCCUCGGCAGAGCUGGCAUCAAGUUGUGGGUCUUGACAGGGGACAAGGUGGAAACUGCCAUCAACAUCGGCUUUUCUUGCAACUUGCUUGACAAUGGGAUGGACCUCAUUGUCUUUAAGGUCGAAGACGAGAGCCUUGAGACUGCGGAGGCUAUGCUUGACAAGAAUCUAGCUAUUUUUAAUAUGACGGGAUCGGAAGGAGAGCUUGCCGCUGCGCAAGACAACCAUGAACCUCCAGCCCCUACACAUGCCAUCAUCAUCGACGGAGAUUCCUUAAAGCUAGUUUUGGGCGAUUCUCUCAAGCGGAAAUUCCUCCUCCUCUGCAAGCAGUGCCGAUCGGUUUUAUGCUGCAGAGUAAGUCCCAGUCAGAAAGCUGCCGUCGUGCAAAUGGUUAAGUCUGGGCUCGACUGCCUUACGCUCGCCAUUGGUGACGGUGCGAACGACGUCGCCAUGAUCCAGGAAGCGCACGUGGGUGUUGGAAUUGCUGGUGUUGAAGGUCGCGCUGCAGUCAUGUCAUCCGACUAUGCCAUUGGUCAAUUCCGCUUUCUAACUCGACUUGUCCUCGUUCAUGGACGCUGGUCUUACCGCAGACUUGCUGAGACAAUUGCAAACUUCUUCUACAAGAAUCUUGUUUGGACGUUCUCGCUGUUCUGGUAUCAGAUUUAUACCAACUUUGACUGCCAGUACAUCUUUGACUACACCUACAUCAUAUUAUUCAACCUUGCAUUCACCUCGCUUCCUGUCAUCUUGAUGGGUGUCUUGGAUCAAGAUGUUGACGACAAGGUAUCAUUAGCCGUACCACAGCUCUACCGUAGAGGUAUUGAACGAAAGGAGUGGACGCAACCCAAGUUUUGGAUGUAUAUGUUCGAUGGCAUUUAUCAGUCUUCUAUUACAUUCUUUAUGGUCUACCUCCUUUUCUCCCCUGCCACGUUCAAUACUGCAAAUGGACAGAGCAUCGAUGAUCUGAAACGGAUGGGCGUUUUCAUCGCUACCAUUGCUGUCGUUGUUGCCAACUUCUAUAUCCUUUUCAAUACCUACAGAUGGGACUGGUUGAUGCUGCUCAUUGUUGUUAUCAGCACUCUUCUCGUCUGGUUCUGGACCGGAAUUUACACUGCAUUCACCGGAAGUGCCCAGUUCUACAAGGCCGCUCCGGAGGUUUACGGAAGUCUUGCCUUUUGGGCAAUUCUUCUUGUGGCGACAAUAAUGUGUCUUCUUCCACGAUUCACCGUCAAAUCCAUUCAGAAGAUCUACUUCCCCGGAGACGUUGAUAUCAUCCGCGAACAAGUCAUACAAGGCAAAUUCGAUUACCUCAAGGAGACUGAUGCUUUCAUUCCCCCGCCACCCGAGAAAGUGAAGUCAAUGUCAUCAUCCGAAUCCUCAGCCGCCAAAACUAAGCCAGUGGCCAACACUCAUACCGGAGACGAUGACAUGCGACCAAUCUACCCGCCCUCGGUUGCCCCAACUGCAACAACCCACAACCCGAGAAGCCAGAACGGAAGUAAUAGUACAGAUUACACGUUUCGACGCUCAUUAGAAACCAUCCCCGCCCAUCGAAUAUCACUAGAUCGACCGCGACCAUCCUAUGACCGGGCUCGGAUGUCCAUGGACCGCGUUAGGCCAAGUUUUGAAGCUAGCAAUGAAUUUACAUCUGCUGCGCUCUUGACAAGAAUGGAAUCCAGCCAUAGUCGACAUAGCCAGCUAGGUCAGCAGCAGACAGGGCAUACGAUGAGCCGGCUACGAAACGCCUUCCGAAGGCCUACCGUCACUCGUGAGGAGCAACCGGAUUUAGAUCACCCACCACUUCCGCAAGCCCAACAAUGAGCUCUGCUCACCGAUGCUUGUAAUGACAUCUGACACAAUCAGAUACCACUGCACAUUCUUUUUAUCACGACUGUACAUAUUAAUGCCUGCUGGGGCAUGGUUUGGGUUGUCACUGCCUACAAAAUCCUUUCUUUGU